AGAUCUCAAGAAAAAGAAUUUUACAUACUUCAAAUUAAGAAGAAGCAUCUGUUCGCCGGUGUCGAUUUUUAGACGCUGUUAAUGGCGGUGUUUGUGUAAUUUCUGCAUUAUCUGAUUGUUCUGGUGUACUUUAUGGCUAGUCUAAACAGAGCGUGUCAACAUUGACACCGAGGAAUCACAUUAACUGAUUGAUCCUUUUACUAUACAACUAUUUAUUACAAAAAUCAUGGAGGUGGAAAGUGUUGAGAAUAAUAUUCAUCUGGAUCUUUGCAGACUAUGCAAUUGUGAAUCCGAUGAAAAUAGUGAGAUGUUUAGCAUUUUUGAUAAGAAUGAAGAUGGACAAGAAAUACUCACGCUGAUUCAAAAAUAUCUUCAUCUAAAUGUACAGAAGACUGAUCCUUAUUCUAAGAGUGUUUGUGCUGAUUGUUUAGAAAACCUGAAUACUCUCAUUAAAUUCAAAACGAAAUGCCAGGAAAUAGAUGAAAAUCGUGAAAAAACUACUAAAAAUAAUGGUGAAAACAGUGAAGAAGUAUUACAAUAUCCCAGUAACGAUGACGAAACAGCAGAAAAUGAGUGCAAAAAUGAUUCAGAGAACUCGGAAGAGGAAAAAUAUCAAAAAGAUGAGCAAACAUCAACAGAAGGUCUCAUAACAUUUUGUAGUAAUUGCCGAUCUGAGAUAUUGGAUGCUCACAAGGUUGAUAGUGAAAUUGAAUUACGUGCUGAGCUACACCAGGCUAUUGCAGAUUCAUUCAGUAGAAAUAAAAUAGUAAUAACAGACAAAGUAUUACGAAGUAAAAGAAAGAGGAGCCAGGCAUUUUAUCACGAACUUGAAGAUUCUUUGUGCAGCAGUAUGACUGAAUUCACUAACACUGAAAGUUCACAAUGCUUUGAAUUCCAGAGUGAUAUUGACUCGAUUGAAGAAGAUGAAGAAAGACAGGCCAAGAGGAGAAAAAUCGAAAGCGUAAAGGAACCCGAACCAGAACCUCCAGUUCAGGCUGUUGUUUCUUAUGAAUCUCAAUUCGAGCAUGAAGAUGAAUACAUUCACAAUCCUGUGUCUCUAUUGCUAUUAUGCUUGAAUGUUAUCAAUACAGAAAACAUCCCUGAAUACGAGGGGGAACAUCAAACGUCAGUUUUGGUGGAGACUUCAUGCAAUUAUUGCGGGUUGGAAUUCAAGAACAGGAAGCUCCUGGCCUUGCACGAAGUAGGACAUUUGAACGUUGAAUUAGGUGAGAAAGUUGAUAUUCCCACCCUGUGGCACGAAUCCCGAGACGACGCCGAUAUUCGCAACAAAUGGUUGACAUCCGAAGAUGAUUUAGUCGAAGGUGAGAAUGAUAUGGAAAAUGAAACGCUGGUUGAAGGUGUCGAAGUAGAACCUGAAGAGGAGGAAGAGAGUCUUUUGAUACCUGUAGGAUCGUCGGAAGAGAGAGACGGGCAGAACUACGAAGAAACUAGAGAAGUAACGCUGAUCGAUGGCAAGCCUUUCGUUGACGGUUUACCUUUAUCCGAUUAUGCCAAGGAGGAGAGACGCGCCUUUUAUCACUCCAUGAGAGUCGGCGGGGUCAACAAAAGAUUCUGUCCCUUAUGCAGAUACAGUUUUAAAGAUAAUUGGGCCAUUGAAUCUCACUAUUUUUCGAUGGCAUGCUAUUACACUUGUCGUUAUUGUGGUAUGAGAUUCAACAAGCAAAGAAACCGUUAUGAUGAGCAUGUUGAAAUUCAUGUCAAGAACAAAGAUGAAUACUCGACUAAAGUAUUUGCUGCAAGCAAAAAUAACAACAUUGUUCCAAAGGUAAUCUUUCCUAAGAAAAGGUACUCGGCUAGAGAACAGCCUAUUGAACCCAUUUUACCGCAACCAAUUGAAAUCAAACACUUCACAUUGCAAAAUAAGAAAUCAACGCAGCCUGAGAUUAAAGUUAAACAGGAGCCCAUGGAAUAUAGCGAGAGUCAGUCUCCUGGAUCAUAUACGUCUAAUCAGCCGCAGUUCCAAACUUCGCAAUCUAAAACUGGCAACCAAGCCUAUUUCUGCAGAAAAUGCUACAAGGUAUUCUUCAAGCUGGACGAAUUCAAUAUGCACAGUAAAAAUUGCGACUACAAUCAGUUUGCCAAUAACAGUAUGCUAGGAAAUUAUCUAACAUCUGGUAACAAGCCGAACGGAGAGCAGCAACCAAGUAUUUCGAGUACAGGAAGACCAAUACGUAGCUGUGCGAAGGAGGCUGGGCCGUACAGAGAUGAAGUAUACAUUCCAGAACACAUAUUAAGGGAUCAGGUGCAGUCCUCGUCAUCUCAAGGGCCGUUUGUGUGUUACAUUUGCAACACCCCCUUUCCAACUGUGUAUUCUAGAAAUAGUCAUAUGAGGAUUCAUAAGACUGAAAGUAUGAUACCGCCGGCCUUAAGUAAUCAAGCCCUUCAGCAGCAUAAAAUCAAACCAGCUUACCAAGAACCGUACCAUCACCAAAGUGUUGCACACUUAGCCGAGGUGAAACAAGAGCCGAUGGAUUUUGAACCAGAAGUAGAGAUCCACGAGCCUGUUCAAGAAACUUUCACAGCCAACCUCAGUCCUGCAGUUAGUAUUACUCCUAUCUCUAAGAAGCCCAACCAGAGAUUGAACAUUAAUCCGAACGUUAUGAAAUUAGUGCAAAACAAUCCCCAGUUGAGCAUUAGGAAUAGGGAAUCUUCACCGCAACAAACUCAACAACAAAAUCAUCAGAUGCAACAACAACUACAGCAAAUGUUAGCUGGAACCCCAGAUAGUGACAGGACAUACAAGUGCUCCAGUUGCUGGGAAUCGUUUGCAAAUAAAUCCCACCUUUACUUCCAUAAGAAGAAUCAAUGCGAAGGAUCUAAAUAUCCAUGUCCCUUCUGUAAGAAAAGGUUUGGAACAGAAGCUGCCUACAGUUCUCACAUCUAUUACAGCCACCCUGAAUAACAACUUUGACUAACAGAUUUAUUUCAUUUUAAAAUUGAAUCUAUUUAUCUAAAACACACGUGAAAAUAAGUGAAAUAUCCUCCAUCGAUUGAUAAAUGUUCAUUUAUAUCAUUUAAAUGUGCUUCCACACUUACAGUGAUUAUGAAUAUUAUAAUCAUUAAUUUUCAAAUUUUAUUUUUACAAAUUACAUUUAUUUUUAUAUUGAGUGAUAUAAACUGCCAAUACAGAAUUGAUCGACACCUAGUCAAAUUUCAAAAUGAUUUUUUUUUUAUUUGUUAUAAUACACAUUUAAUUUUUAAACUUAUUGACAUUUUCAAUACACAUUCAUCAUAUAGUUGUUAAGAUUAUGUAUGAUUAUUGUAUUCCAUAUAGUGAAAUAGAUCUGCUAAUUUUUUUUCUAAUUAAAUUUCAAACAAACACUAAAUAUGAGUUGUUCCGAAAAAAAUUCCUCCGCCGUGAUUUUUUCAGUUUUUAUAAUUCUUAAGUUUGUGAUUUAAGACAGUCUCUAAUAUGGACUGGAGUAGAUGCCAGAUAAUCUACUAUUAAUGAAUAUUCUGUAAAUAUUGAUAAUUUGUUGUAUAUAGCCAUUUUACAAGCCUACAAAUGAGAAAUUAAUGUAGAUUUCUUCAGUUUCCACUGUUCAGAAAAUUUUUGUAGUCUUUACAUAAAUAUAUAUAUAUAUAUAUGGUGUUCAUAGGAAAUCGUAAUUUACAUAUAUUUGAACUGAAUAAUUUAUUGUUUAUAUAAGUUGCAUUAGUGAUUUUGUCAUUUUUUUCAGUACCAGAAAAUGAUUUUGUAUAUAGAAUUGUAGUAGAUUUGACUUUAAAUAUAAUCGAAAAAUUAAAA